AUGGGACCGCUGAGUCAACGCGGAUGGGUGCUCCAGGAGCAUGCGCUGGCGAGGAGGGCGAUAUUCUUUACUGAGAAGCAGACUUAUUGGGAGUGUGGUGAGGGUGUCAUGUGUCAGUGUAUGACGAUGAUGAAAAACCAACUCGCGAUGUUUCUUGGUAACCCCAACUUUCCCAACCUAAUCUCCAAAGACUCACAGGAAGAGAAAAUACAGCGGUAUCAAAAGCUGCAUACCGCAUCUUAUCCGCGCUCAAGGCAAUGGGUGGCUUUGGUGUGUUUGAUGAGGGACCUGAGAAGAAGGGACUGCUCAGGAGGAGCUUACUAUGGAUUCACAGCAGGGACACGGAGAAGAUGGUCAGGAUCAAGUUUGGUGUCGAGCAAGCCAUUAGCUUUGUGCCUUCCUGGUCGUGCAUGGCUUUAUGAAGGAGGGAUAGAGUACAUCAGUCCGCCGUUUGGGGAGAUCCAGUGGUAUGAGCUGACGAGUCUCUGGUUUGGCGACGCGCAGAGCCUAUCUCCGGCUAGCGAUGGGAGGGGGGCUUACAGUCAAGGGUCGUUACUUGCUAAAGCUAGGGACUAUGACGUUUCAAGUGCGGGGGAUGGGGAAAGGAGGAUUGAAAUGGAUAGUCCUGGGGGUUCGGAGCAGAAGGAGACGAAGUGUGUGGUUUUAGGGUCAACGAGGUCCGUGAUGCUUGAGGAGGGGGUGUGCUAUGUUAUUUUUGUUCGCGCAGCUCGGGGGGAACGGUGGCGGAGAAGAUGUAAGAGCGAGUUGGUGCUGGUUCUGUGUCUGGGGAAUGUAUCAUCGGCAGGCCUACGCGAGUGA